AUGGCCUCUUCUCUCUACAUUUCACAUUUCCUAUCAAUGUGGAACUCUAGAGGCUUCGAAUUCGGCGCUAUCCUAUUCCUAUCGAGCAUCUAUCCCGGGACACUGCUCCCCAUGUCUGUUUAUGCCUUGGUUCGCGCUUUGGCCGCUAUUGUCUUCUCGUCGAAAAUCGGUGCGUUCAUCGAUACUGCUAACCGACUUGAUGUUGUUCGAAUCUCCAUAGUCGGCCAGAGGAUUGCAGUCAUGCUCUCUUGUGGUUUAUUUUCAAUUUCGCUUCAAUCAAACAAUGUGAGGCUGGCAGACUAUUUUGCGCUGCUCAUCUUCGCUCUCCUGGUCAUCCUCGCUUGUUUCGAGAAAGUCUUUGCUGUUAUGAACACCGUUGCCAUUGAGCGGGAUUGGGUCGUUGUCAUCGCAGCCGAGGAUGACGGUAUGCUUCAAAAGCUCAAUGCUCAAAUGCGAAGGAUUGAUCUCUUCUGCAAGCUAUUGUCCCCUCUUGGCAUUGCGCUUCUGCACUCUUGGUCAGCUAUGAAUGCGGUGUGGGCGACCUUGGCUGUUAAUGCUGUAUCUGUCUUUGUCGAGUACUGGUUCAUCGAGAAGGUCUUUCGCACGGUACCAUCCCUCCGCAAAGAGUCUUCGGCUCAUGCAGCCAUCAAUGAUGUUGUGCAAGAGGGACCUGUCUCUGAUAAUUGUGAUGAAUCGGCACAGCUACGUUGGAUUCCACCUCGAAGGUUCUUGAACUCCUUAGGGACGCCUCUAAUUAGUUACACAGCCCAAGCUGGCUUCCUGCCUUCUCUCGCUCUCUCAAUACUGUACUUGACGGUAUUAUCGUUCUCAGGUCAGAUGGUCACUUUCUUACUGGCAUUACCGGCUCCGGAAAUCACACCCGGCGCGAUUGGACUGAUGCGGACUGCUUCGACCAUAUCAGAACUCUCCGCUACCUGGAUAGCACCGAUUAUCAUGUCCAGAAUCGGUCCUGUACGAGCUGGCAUAUGGUUUUUGUCGUGGCAAGCAAUUACACUCAGCCCUGCUGUCUUUCUCCUUUGGACUGGGCUUGUCGGUCUCGGUCAGGCAUCACUGCCCCUUUUCAUCAUUACCGUCAUUCUUUCACGCCUGGGCCUUUGGUCAUUCGAUCUUUGUGCUCAAUUAAUCAUUCAAGAGUCUACCUUACCGUCGCAGCGAGGCUCAUUUUCCUCAGUUGAAGCAGCGCUCCAGAAUUUCUUCGAGCUAUGCGCUUUUGCGAUGACAAUCGUAUUCCCGAGGCCACAGCAAUUCUGUUAUCCAGCAUUAGUCUCUCUACUGGCUGUGUCCUGUUCAGCAGCAUUAUACGCCAAAUUCGUGAGGGAUCGACGAGGCCAUCUGCUGCAUAUGCCGGCUUGCCUCAAGAGCGAUCAAGUUCGUGAUGUAAACAACUACGAGCCUCUACGUGCCGAAGCAGAUUCAGCAUGCCAUUUGCAACAUCGCUCAAUGGCUUAG